ACAACAUACGCGUCGCCCACCUCCCGCACCUUAUCCACUCAUCCCACCUGCUCGUCGUCCCACCACCAGCCGCCCUGCGCUUCCUCCCUGAGAUGCGCUCGUUGCCCGCUCCUUCUCCAGGCCACGCAUCCCUCCGCCGUCGUGCUCCUCCUCCCGGUUACGCGGCUGCCGCCCCGAUCCUCCUCCUGGCGCCGCGCGCCACACCAAGCACAACCCCGGCCGUCGCCUCCUCCUCUUACCUACUCCCGGUCCCGGCGAUGAGCGCCGCACCCAGCAAGUGCUCGGCCGUCGCACGCCGCGCCCGGCAGGACCUGCUCCCUGAUCUCCUGCGCCGCCGGUCGCCAGCCCGUUAUGCGUCCCUACGGCGUCGGCUUCCCCCUCGGUCAUGUUGUGCCAGCUCUGCGCGAGCAGCAGCAGACGACGACGGUGGCGAGAUGCAGCCGCAGCUAGCCUUCAAGGCGCUGCUGCAGACGCAGCCGUUGAGGGAAGUACGUCCAGAACGCCAUCAAGUUCCUCUCCUUCCUCAAAAACAAGGGCCUGACCACCGAUGAGAUUGAAGAAGAAAAGAUUUGUGAAAUGUGGUGAGCGUUGCUUGAGAAGGUGGAGUGUGCUCCCACAGUGAAGGAAUUCGAGAAGUUCUGCUGUUCGUAUACUCGCUGUAAAUUCUGAACUGGCUUUGUAUCUGUAAUAGAAGUAGAACUCGUGGUGCAUUCUGAACUUUGCCCAUUUUCAUUUUGUUUUGUGAUGCAGACUGGUGUGUGUUGCUUCGCACUAGGUAACCCAAUCAAAGUGAAUAAUCAGCAUGAGCAGCUAUUUUUUCUUCAGGCAAAUUUUUCUGUGGGAUCAGCGUUUUGACCACAUCAGCAGACUUGGUCUCUACCUUGUCUAUGCACCGCUUCAAGUCAACGGCCGAUUCUUGAUGGAGGAGAUGACAAACUUUCCUAACAUUACCAGCUUGACACUACAUGUAGUGGCAUGUGGUCAUUCCUUUGGAGCCAGCUCAUUCCAUGUUCUCGGUAUGUCUAGUGGCGUAAGAGAGCUGGAGAUUAAACUUGUCGACAUGCCGAGUGAACAGGAGGCACUCGCUUCUGCGUGCCAAUCAGGUUGCAUUUGUGCCGAGCCAUCAAACUGGGAAACCAAGGAACUCGUCCUCCAUUGCCUCGAAGAAGUAGUAAUCAGUGGCCUGAGAGGAACUGAACAUGAACUCGCUUUUGUGAAAAGGUUAUUCAACUGGACAACAGUGCUAAAGAGGAUGACAGUAAAUUUUCGUGUUUCAAUGACUAAAAGCAAGGCCAAAGAGCUUCGCCAGCAGCUGUUAAGCUUCUCUAGGCCAGGAAUAUGUAUGGAAUUCCUGCAGCAUGGAAAAGCUUGUUCAUUUGACUAGGGCACCAACUUUAUCGCUUUGUAGUGGGGUUGUCGGUUCAGCGGAGCCUACUUUUGUGAGACUGAACUUUUGUAACUUGUUUAAUUCUAGAACUUGUUUUCAGUGUCUGUGAGACUGAACUAUACGAGUACCUUGUUUAAGACUUUUUCAGCAUUUGUGAGGCUGAUGUAAUUUGUACAAUCCUACUUCCAGCGAUGAUCAUGAUUGGACUGUGAUCUUUGGCAUGA